AGUUUCAUAAACCAUCAGAUGAACUAUCCGUUGGAUAUAAAGACAUUUCUUGAAAGUUCUGGUGUCGAAUUUUUUUUUAAGCACCAAAUAAAUCAAUAAAUUUUGAAAUAUUUCAUUGACAAUCAUGCCAUUGCAACACUUGUAUGAUUUUAUUUACAAGUGUGCAAGUUGAAUAUCGAAAGAAUUACAUUGCAGGUUUUGAUGUUAACCAAGAUGAAGCCAUUAUUGCACAAGAGCGAGAAAUUGAACGAGAAAUUGCUGAGACAAUUCCCUUAAUAGGACCCAAAGUUGAUCUAUCUGUGUUGCAGAAAGAAUAUGCUGAAGAUGAUCUUAUAUAUCAACAGAAAGUAAAUGAUUUAAAGAAUAAAUACAGCUGUAUACGAAAAAUGCGCCCUGAUGGCAACUGUUUUUUCAGAGCUUUUACUUUUGCUUACUUAGAAAGUUUGCUAACUGAUACACAAGAAUAUAAAAGGUUUAAAGAAAUAGCUGCAAAAACCAAAGAUGAUUUAGUUUCUUUAGGUUUUCCACAAUUUACAAUAGAAGAUUUUCAUGACACUUUUAUGGAUGUCCUUGGAAAGAUAGACCGACAAAUGUCUGUAGGAGAUUUGCUGGAGAUUUUCAAUGAUCAAGGAUGUUCAGAUUAUAUUGUUGUUUAUAUGAGGUAAAUUAAUUA